AUGAAGUUCGCCCUCUUCCUGUCCAGCGCCUUGGUUGCCAUUGUUCCCGCCUUGGCCUACUCCUCGACCCAGGCCGGGCUCUUCGCCCAGGACCACUUCCUCGGGCCUUACGUCCACAGCAAUGGGGAUGGAUCUUGCAUUACGACACCCGCGGGUGUCAUCAAUUCUGUGGAGCUGAUUCCUGGCAUGACAUGCCAACUGUAUCGCGAGCCGAGCUGUGCUCAGGAGCCUAUCCCGCUCAAGCGCGAUAGCGCCUCGCUCAGAUACGACAUCGGAGCCCCGGCGCGGAGCGCCCGGUGCCUGAAAUAG